AUGGCUUCUGAUGCAGCAUCCCAGGUCACUGUUGGGGCUCUCAGUGCCAUCUUCGAUGAGACUAAACCCCAGGUCCGGGAACCCAUUGUUCAGUGCGUCCAAAUCAAGGCGUUGCCACCUCAGCCAAACCAUCCAGACCGAUACCGGGCUGUUUUCAGCGACAUUGCGAAUUAUGUCCAGACAAUGCUUGCAACCCAAGCGAACCAUGUGUCAUUCCAAUCAAACUCUGUCAAGGGAAAAAAAAUUCUCAUCAUCUUGGACCUUGAAGUUCUGAAGGAACUGGGCGAGGCUGAUAAAAUCGGUGAACCCAAGCCCCUCGAGGUGAAAGGCGAGGAAGAAGAAGCCAACCAACCGACAACAAUCUCCAGCAAUGGAUUUUAUGGCUCCAAGAUGGAGGGCGCACAGGCUCAAGCCGCCAGCCGGGCCCAGCCCACGCGACCCUCUGCGGCUGCCUCUGCCCAUGCCACAAUCUAUCCCAUCGAAGCUAUCUCUCCGUAUUCCAACAAAUGGACGAUGAAAGCGCGAUGCACUAGCAAGUCCAAUAUCAAGACAUGGCACAACAAGAAUGGCGAGGGCAAACUGUUUAGUGUCAAUUUAUUGGACGACAGUGGUGAAAUCCGUGCCACUGGAUUCAACGAUCAGUGUGAUGCCCUUUAUGAUCUCUUCCAGGAGGGAAGUGUUUAUUACAUCUCGAGUCCUUGCCGUGUACAAAUUGCCAAGAAGCAAUUCACAAAUCUCAACAACGACUAUGAGCUUACUUUUGAGAGAGAUACCCUCGUCGAGAAGGCAGAGGAACAAAAUGAUGUCCCCCAAAUUCGGUUCAACUUCACCACUGUUGCUGAUCUGCAGACCGUCGAAAAGGACACGACCACGGAUGUCAUUGGCGUGCUAAAGGAUGUCGGUGAAACAUCUCAGAUUGUGUCAAAGAGCACCGGCAAGCCAUACGACAAGCGCGAGCUUACGCUGGUAGAUAACACAGGAUUUUCUGUUCGCUUGACAAUCUGGGGCGCAACCGCGAAUAAUUUUGGUGUGGCGCCCGAGUCGAUUGUCGCGUUCAAGGGAGUCAAGGUUUCAGACUUUGGUGGAAGGAGCCUGAGUCUUUUGAGUUCGGGCUCAAUGACUGUCGACCCUGACAUUGGUGAGGCUCAUCGGCUCCGAGGCUGGUACGACGCCCAAGGCAGGUCGGAAAACUUUACUUCCCAUGCUUCAUUGUCCAAUGCUACAAAUUCAUCCACGAAGACCGACAAAUUCAAAACCGUUGCACAGGUUCGGGAGGAACAAUUGGGCAUGUCUGAACAGCCGGAUUACUUCUCCCUGAAAGCCACUGUGAUCUACAUCAAGCAGGACUCUACCUGGUGCUACCCUGCCUGCCCCUCUGAGAACUGCAACAAGAAGGUAACAGAACUUGACCCCGGCCAAUGGCGCUGUGAAAUGUGUGACAAAACCUACCCUAAGCCCGAGUAUCGUUUCAUUAUGCCUAUUAGUGUCAGCGAUCACACUGGCCAGCUUUGGCUCAGUUGUUUUGAUGACACUGGAAGAAAGAUUAUGGGAACCUCGGCCGAUGAAUUGAUGCAGCUUAGUGAAAAUGACCCUGUCGCCUGUGGUGAAGUUUUCCAAAAUGCCAAUUGCCAGACAUGGAGCUUCAGGUGUCGAGCGAAGAUUGACAACUUCGGUGAACAGCAACGUGUUCGAUACCAGGUUUCAUCUUCCCAGGCAAUCAAUUACUCUGAAGAAGCCUCUCGCCUUGCCAAUAUCAUCAACUCCUACAGCAUUGAGUAG